CAACAUGGCGGACUGUGUGCUGUGGAGCUGAAUAUUUCUUUGCUAGCUAGAGUUGCUACGAGCACAUGCACAUCUAUAUAUCCUAGCUUUUUAUUCUCCUAACUUUUCAACAUGAUUAUCUACGUGAAGAAUAAAGCGUUCCCGCACAAAACAUUUGUCACAACAGCUCAGCCUGGAGACUCUGUGGCACGAGUUCGAGCCCAGUUACUUCACACUUUGUACGAGCUUGGCAAAGAUGAUCACACAUUUCGCCUCCGCCACAAGGGUCAGAUUCUCCGUGAUGCUUUCACCUUUGACGAUUAUCAGAUUGCUGACAACUCAAUUCUCACAAUGGUACCAGUCGGAAAGUCUCAAGAGGUCUUGAUGGAGAUUCGCUCUGUUGCCAGUAGUGAUUUUAACUUUGAUGGGUACAACCAUGGGCAGCCUGCAGAUGUGAAACAUGCUUUGGAAGCAGAAGUACACACAUUUGAUAGAAGGGAACACAUGGUUGCAGAUUUCAAAGCCUUGCUGUAUGUGCAUUUCCUGUUCACAUUCCUGAGCAUGCUGACCGUUCACUGGUACAGCGUAUUCUGGCUGUUUAUCUUAUGGGCUGUGGGAGCGUGGUUUGUACCUACAUACUCUCGAAUCGGAGGAUUCGUUGGAAACACAUCGCAUUUGAAAAUACACUUCUGCAUUGGAGUCCUCAUUGCUUCUGUGCUCUGCUUUGUUCCCUCAAUGUACUUCUGCGUCUCUGGAUGGAUUUUUGUGGCUACUGAAGACUGUUCUAACUGGACCUAUCGUGGGUACUGCUCUCACACAAAGAUUUUCAGCGCUGCCUUCUUCACAGUCCAUCUCCUGCUGCUGAUUCUGACAUUUGUCAUGGGAGCGUUUUUGCUCAGGAACUUCAAGAUUGAGGUCGGAGAUUUUAUUGAAAGAUUUCUGGUUCAGGAGAGAGAAAUUGAGCAAGUGAUGAUGAUGGCAAAAUCUGGAAAGGUGAAGGAAAAAAGAGCUGCUGCCUAUGACCUUGCUGCUAUGGCCACUUCCUCCGAUGAUAACAAAUUCAGAAUUGUGGCAGAAGGAGGUCUGGAAGUGCUGACCAAGCUUGCUUUGUCGAGGGAUGAAGUGACCCAAGAGCAUGCGGUUGAGGCCUUGGCAGAGAUUCUCACUAUACCCAGCAUUCAGGACACGUUUGUGGAAAGUGGGGGUGUCCAAACUCUCUCCGCCGUACUCUACUCCCCAAGUCCCCGAGUCAUGCAGGAAGCAGCCGUGGCCCUCUACUCUAUUGUGUCAGACUCGGACGAAAACAAGCAGGCGGUCAUCAGGGAUCAUGGAUUGGAUGACCUGGCCCAUGCUGCGAGUGAGGGGACCAUCUUCUGUCAGAGGACGAUCGCUAGCAUCUACCUGGAGCUGGUGUUCAAUUCAGACAUUCGGCGGCAGAUUGCCAUGAGCAAUACUCCGGCUCUCACGCUGGUCCAGUUGUGUAAAAGCAAUGACCCUGACACAGUUCGCUUUGCUCUCCAGUCACUGGAGGUUCUUGCGAUCGAGAGCUCAGAACUCAUUUGUGCCCAGGAGGAUUUGAUUGGCCUAUUGUUGGACUUACCUUUCCGAUCUUUGGAUGAGAAACUGUACCUGUUGGCUGGGAAGAUCCUGCUCUACUUUGCUGAAAAUAAGGAGACAUGUGAGCAGCUGCUGACCUACCCUAGGGUCCAGGAAAGUCUGACUCUGUUUGCGAAGAGCCAGGACCCCAUCUUACAGAAAGUGGUGAUCAAAAUCAUCUUCUGCGCUUUGGACUUUCCAGAUCUCAAGCAAAAACUCAAGCGUAUGGGCAUGUCUGAGGUUCUGGAGUACGUGAGAGACCACGGCAGAGACAGAGAGACUUGGGAUAUGGCGGACCAAUGCUUGCAGGCUCUCAACUCUGACAAUGACCUCUCCGGGCUGUCUGCCUUGUCCACCCUGGAGAAGCUAAGCAAGAUGGAUCAAAAAGCUGAUUCUUCCUUCAGCUCUCAGAGUUCUCUUGGAGAAGGGCGUCCAGGC